CUACUACUAGAGCAGCAUGGAGGAGAACCAGAACCCGGACUCACCCUCUGCUACCACCGAUAAACAGAAACAAAGAAGAAGAAAGAUACUCAAAAUGCACUGCUGUCAGCGCUGUGACAAAGCCUUCACAACAUCCAGGUAUUUACAGAGUCACCAGAAAACUCAUACCGGAGAGAAGCUAUACAGCUGUGAGCAAUGUGGGAAAACUUUCAGUGUAGGCACAGAUCUAAAAAUCCACCAACGCAUUCACACUGGAGAGAAGUCGUACAGCUGUGAGCAAUGUGGGAAAACAUUCAAUCGAGUGGAUGGUCUAAAAAUCCACCAACGCAUUCACACUGGAGAGAGGCCGUACAGCUGUGAGCAAUGUGGGAAAACUUUUACUCAAGACAGUAAUCUAAAAAUCCACCAACGCAUUCACACUGGAGAGAGGCCGUACAGCUGUGAGCAAUGUGGGAAAACUUUUACUCAAGACAAUAGUCUAAAAAUCCACCAACGCAUUCACACUGGAGAGAAGCCGUACAGCUGUGAGCAAUGUGGGAAAACUUUUAGUCAGGAAAGUAAUCUAAAAAUCCACCAACGCAUUCACACCGGAGAGAAGCCGUACAGCUGUGAGCAAUGUGGGAAAACUUUCAGUCAUGACAGUAGUCUAAAAAGCCACCAACGCAUUCACACUGGAGAGAAGCCGUACAGCUGUGAGCAAUGUGGGAAAACUUUCAGUGAAGGCAGUCAUCUAAAAAGCCACCAACGCAUUCACACCGGAGAGAAGCCGUACAGCUGUGAGCAAUGUGGGAAAACUUUCAGUCAAUACAGUAGUCUAAAAAUCCACCAACGCAUUCACACUGGAGAGAGGCCGUACAGCUGUGAGCAAUGUGGGAAAACUUUCACUCACGACUGUAAUCUAAAAAUCCACCAACGCAUUCACAAUGGAGAGAAGCCAUACAGCUGUGAGCAAUGUGUGAAAACUUUUAUUAGAGACAGUCAUCUAAAAAAUCACCAACGCAUUCACACUGGAGAGAGGCCGUACAGCUGUGAGCAAUGUGGGAAAACUUUUACUCAAGACAGUAGUCUAAAAAUCCACCAACGCAUUCACACUGGAGAGAAGCCGUACAGCUGUGAGCAAUGUGGGAAAACUUUUAGUCAAGACAGUAAUCUAAAAAUCCACCAACGCAUUCACACUGGAGAGAAGCCGUACAGCUGUGAGCAAUGUGGGAAAACUUUCAGUCAAGACAGUAGUCUAAAAAGCCACCAACGCAUUCACCAGUUUUUCAGCAAACCUCUGUUUUAG